CGUCGAACGGGGAGGACCGUAUCAGUCGGUAUCGUCGAUCGUUGUUAACCUCCGCCGCACAGUCUCCCUCCUUCGCAAUCGCGGUUUUAUUAAACUUCUGCAGUCCCGCAGUAGGUUGUACGCCGCAAAACUGUGGGAGGACAGUAAACGAGAUUACGAUAAAAUUUCAUACCGAAGUUGUUGUACAAAGCGAAGUAAUAAGACGUAUCGGGGAAGGGGUUGAGAGACUCGCGUUAAUCAGAAAUCGUGAUCGUUUUGCUUGCCGUUUGUAUUAUAUAUAUAUGUAUAUGUACGUAUGUGUAUAUACGAGUAUAUGUAUAUCGCGUUCGGUUUUCGUGUAACUUGAAGUAUUCGUAAGGACGAUAUCAUUUUCGGACAGUAUAAUAUUCACUUUGUUAUCAUCAUUGGCGAAUUCGUGCUUGUGAUUAUUUAUUAAAGUGAGAAACUUGGAAUUUUUUUUUUUUUUCUCUUCUAACCCCAGUCGGGUCGAAGAUACGAUCACGGAAAAUGAAAAAUCUGCGAAGCAUGUCGGAAACGGUGAAUUCUGAACUGUGAAAAAUUGCUACAAGAGUGACAGGGAUCGUUGACGUUUGUAGAGAUAUAUUUGUACGUAUGCGUGGUAACUGGGUGACGUUAUGUCGUUACAGUGUUGUUGAACGGACUGUCCGCGGUUGAGGGUGUCAACAGAGGGGGGAAUACAUUGGGGGUUAAACGGACUCGUCGUCGCCUAUAGACGUGAUUGAACCGUGUUACAGAUGGGCGAGUCACCACCGCCGGCUUCGUCGUCGAAUCGGAGGUGAGAGAGAGAUACAGUGAGAGAGAGACAAAGAGAGAGAGAGAGAGAGAGAGGGCGAGUAUCUCGAACCGCAGCUGCCGCACCAAAGCUACAGAGUGCAACGAACGAGGAUCAAGGACCGCCUCGGCCGAGGGGCGAUAACAUCCUCCUGAAAUCGGUCGAAAGAUGACGCAGCAGAGCGGCGCGGGGUCGCCGCAACAAUUCUGUCUCAGAUGGAACAACUAUCAGACGAACUUGACGAACGUGUUCGAUCAGCUACUGCAGAGCGAGAGUUUCGUCGACGUCACGCUGGCCUGUGACGGUCACUCUGUCAAGGCUCACAAAAUGGUACUAUCGGCGUGCAGUCCGUACUUCCAGGCGCUCUUCUUCGACAACCCGUGCCAGCAUCCGAUCGUCAUAAUGAAGGAUAUAAAGUGGCCGGAGCUCAAGGCCGCCGUUGAGUUCAUGUACAAGGGUGAGAUAAACGUCUCUCAGGAGCAGAUCGGCCCUCUUUUGAAGGUUGCCGAGAGCCUCAAGAUACGGGGAUUGGCGGACGUGAACAACGAGCAGGAACUCACCACCUCCAGACCGUCCAAUGCUCAGGACGAACACUCGUCCGUGUCAUCGGGCCCAACCGCCUCUGGGACUAAUUCGUCUUCAACGACCGUUCCUCUGCUUCCUGGUCUACCGAGGAAGAAACGACGCAGAGUUUCGGUCGGCGAACGUUCUCCGGUUAAUGGUAACAGCCCGGCGAGGGAGGCCGACGAGCAUCUUCAGCACUCCGACCACCAGCAUCAUCAUCUGGGCAUCGCGGUCGCUGCCGCGGCAGCCGGCGACGGUCAGAAUUCCGGAUCCGGUGUUCAUCCCUCGGCACCGAGGUCUCUCGGCUCACCGACAGCCCCGAGUAUCUCCGUAACACCCCAGUUCAGCCUCCACGAUCUUCCGGCCUCCCUAACCCUCCCAACGAGCGCUAAUUUGCCCCUACCGACAAGCCAGGCAUCCCAUCCUGUCGCCCACCACGUGUCGGCUCACGUUACUUCCGGGUCCCAUCCCCCCCUCAACGCUCAGAUCGGAUCUCAGCAGCUUUCGGUUCACCAUCAUCAUCACCAUCAACAGCAACAGCAGCAGCAGCAGCAGCAGCAGCAACAACAGCAGCAACAGCAACAACAGCAACAGCAACAGCAGCAGCAGCAUCAGCAGCAGCAACAGCAACAUCAUCAACAAACUGGACAGAACUCAGCUCCCGGUGCCGAUGACCUCGAGAUCAAACCUGGGAUUGCCGAGAUGAUACGCGAGGAGGAAAGAGCCAAGUUGUUGGAGUCAUCCCACGCUUGGCUCGGUGCCUCCACCUCCAGUAUAGCCGCAGACAGCUACCAGUACCAGCUUCAAUCGAUGUGGCAGAAGUGCUGGAACACGAAUCAGAGUCUGGUCCACAAUCUUCGGUUCAGAGAACGCGGACCCCUCAAGUCCUGGAGGCCAGAGACGAUGGCCGAGGCCAUUUUCAGCGUCCUCAAGGAGGGCCUCUCGCUGAGCCAGGCGGCAAGAAAAUACGACAUCCCGUAUCCGACGUUCGUCCUCUAUGCGAACCGCGUUCACAACAUGUUGGGACCGAGCGCGGACGGCGGAGCCGGUGAGUAUCUCCGACCCAAGGGCCGCGGGAGGCCUCAGCGCAUUCUUCUCGGCGUUUGGCCGGACGAGCACAUAAGAGGAGUGAUUAGAGCCGUCGUCUUCCGCGAUGGACAGUCUGCCCACAUCGUCAAGGAGGAGCCAACCACGUUGUACCCGAGCCUCGCCAGCUACGCCGCGUGCAACGGUCCCGAGGGUGCCGUCAGCCCUGGAGCUGCAGUUUCCGCUGCCGUGGCCGCCGUUGCCCAAGGUUUGCGUCACCAGGUUUGCAGUAUGGUGGCAGCGGCUCAUUCCCAACAGCACGACAUGAUCGGCACCAACCUGUCGUCGAAUUUGUCGACCAACAUUCAGGCAGCGCUGCAAGCACAGCAUCAGAAUAAUGGCAACUCACCGCUUAACCUCGGAUUGGCGAGUCCGGGUUCCGGACCGCCGGAAAGUCCGAUGGAGAGCCCGCUGGCGAGUCCGUUGGGUCCGCUAAUGGACCCGGGACAUAUCCCAGGCAGCGUCGAGGUCGGAAUUGGGGUCAGCGGGAUGACGUACAAGCCGACUCGCAGUUUCGUUAGUCCAAGACCGGAGAACCUCUUCCAGGAGGAUAUCGCGGACCUGGUGAAGAGUCCCCACCACACCUUGAAGGACAAGGACAAAAUACCGGUGAAACUGGAGCCUCUCCAGGCAGAUUCUAGGUGCGAAUAGCAGCCGGGUGUGGAGAUCUAAUCCUCCAAGUCAUCUGCGCCCCAAAAUAACUGUUUUCCGGUCGCGUUGAGUUCCUUCCCGCGUUCUGGAGCCUUGAGUUUGACUGGAUCUCAUUCUGUGCACAUGUAGAAACGACAGCUAGCUGCUACUGGGAGUAGAGUAUUUAUAUGGCAUAGAGUCACGCACAGUUAUGCGAGGUUCCUGUAUAUAAAUUGUUUUUUCCCAGUUUGGAGAAGCGGCGAAAACGGAAAGAAAAAGAGGGGAUAAAUAAAAGUACAUACAUAGAUGUAUCUCGGAGAAAAAAAAAAAAAUCAAUUAUUGAGUAAAUACAUGUAUGCGUAGUAAAGAUUGUCAAAUGGUAGUGUGACGAAAAUUACUCUUCGAAAUUUGAACAUUGUGUCAAGGCUAGUUUUACGCCUGUUGACAGAAAACAAAACGUAUAAUGUGUAUAACAAAUGCGAAUAAUUUUUGUAAUUAUUGUAAUGUAGAAAGAAGAGAAAAGAAAAGGGAAAAAAAAAUUUUAAACUCAACAUUCGAUGCGUUUAUACAACCCGGACAACUCUCUCACUAAAUUGCCUUCUGUAAUGUAGAGGUGUGCAGCAGCAUCCCCACGUGUAUAAGAUUAUUCGAUAAAAUUGAAUUAUACAUAUAUACAUACAUAUAAUAUUAUAUAUUAUGAUUAUUAUGAUAACGAUAAAAAUAAUAACCACAAUAAUUACAUAGUUAUUAUUAUAAUAGCUUUAGUAAUAACGAUAAUAAUAAUAAUAACAAUAAUAAUAAUAAUAAUAGUAAUAAUGAACGAUUAAGAUUACUGGUACCCAUUAAAAUGAUAAAUGCGCAGCGCAUGAAAUAAAUUAUAGCAGUAUAUAAAACUGAUGUAAUAAACGAGGAAGUAAAGGAAAAAAUAUUUAAAAGAACACACAAUGUUAUUGUCCCGUAAUUCCGUUGAUAACAUAAAAUAAGAUUAGAUUCUAUACACGCAUAUAAAUAUAAUUACAAAAUACGAACAAUAUGUAGGAAAAAAGCAGACGAGAAAAGAAGAAAAAGUAAAAAAAAAAAAAGGAAAUUAAAACAAUGCACAACAGAAUCAGAACGUGAAAGACUUGAUAUCAAAACGCGUUGUUCGAGGCACAAGGCUCUGGAUACGUACAAUAAAAUGUUUUUCUUUCUUUUUGUUUUGCUACACCAAACGCGCAAAUAUAAGAGCGAUACAUAAACAUAAGUCACUGCAAGAAACGAUUGAUUGUUAUUUGAUUUUUGAACAGAAAGAUUUAUUAGAAAAAAUCUAUACGAUUUACUUCUACAUCUACGAUUUUUAUUUUACUCUUUCAUUUACUUGUUAUUCGGUUCUUUUUUUCACAUCCCUGCUGUCAACAAAAACGUACCAAAUAUCAUUUUCAUUGGUCGCUAGUUUAGGCCGUCUUCAAUCUUUAACAGCAAUCAUUUCGAUUGGAUAAGAAAAAUAAGCAAUACGAUUUGACAACUGUAUGUGAAGAUUGAUCGUACAACGGAAAAGCCGAAAAUAAUUGAACAAAUAAACUCGUUGACGUAAAAUCAAAACAAGGUAAAAUAUGCCAUGGAAAAGUUGUACCACAAAGAAAACUGCGUGUAAAAUUAUUCGCGCGCCAUCUCGAGGUGUAUUACAUAAUGUACAAAAUAAAUCGUAUAAACAUACAAUUGAAUAAUUGAUGACGAUAAUAAUAACCUCGGAAUUAACGCGCGCGUUGGUUAAAUAAGGAGAAAUUUUUGUCGUCGAAAAAAGUGACGUAUUAUUGAUGAGAAAGUAUCCUUGUCGGUGAGUUAAUCAAUUUUCUUUUCUGGUUCCCGGUUUGCCGGUAUCAAUAUCCUUGCAUGUAUAUAAAAUAAGAAAAAAAAAAAAACAAAAAAAAAAAAUAGCGUAUAUAGGCGAAGGUUAAAAUUUAUUAAGGUACGUAAGGGGCGGAGGCUAUAACUGCGGAAUAUGUAAUCUUGCCACGAACAAUAGUAUUACCUAUACAUAUAUAAUAUAGUAGGGCUUAAAAUUCGAUUUUUCCCUGCCUGCAGCCUUUACAGCGUAUUUUAUCAUAACUUAUCGCUACACACACAAACACAAGCAUACAAGCUGUUACAUCAUUCAGCGAAGUUCCAGCUUGCGGUACUGUAUGCGCAUAUUAUACGAGGUCAAGUAGUAAUACGCUAUAUUUCCUAAGAUAUAAUUAAAAUCCGUAAAAUGAAAAAAAAAAUUUUAAAAACUACAAAAUGUUUAUGUACAUAUACGUAUACAUUAUACACAGCGCUGCGCACGAUCAACGACAUUUUUCAACACAACGUACCGUACACAGUCACACACCGCUGGGUAGAGUGUAAAAAAAAUCAGAAUAGCAUCCACAAAAGAACGGCCACAAAGAAAACGGCAGUCUUCGUUUUGUCAAAGUCUCACCCCUGCCGCGGUAUUAAAAUUUAUUUUCAAUUAGUACCGUAACGAAUUAUUUCGUUAAUCAAACCGAUCUUUCGUUUUUUUUUUUUUUGAUAUCACGAAGAAAAAAAGAGAAUGUAGGAUUCGGUGAAAAGUGUUGACGGUUAAAAAAAUUCUCGUUCUUAGUUCCAAUAUUGUUUGACAAUGAGAAAUGCACCCUUACUUGAAAUGAGUAAAUUUUAUAUUACGGGGUGAGUCGGAAAAAGAAAAAGAUAUUCGAAAAAGCGAAACGGUCUUCUAGGAACGGUAAAAUUAUAGAAACGACGAAAAAUGUCAAAAAUUAACACAGUUGAAUAAAACUGUACGAUCGAAGUAAUGCUAGGCUGCAUCAGCUAUUUAUAUACACACAUACAAAAUAUAUAAGUUAUUAUUAUUAUUAUUAUUAUUGUUGUUGUUGUUGUUGUUGUUCUUGUUGUUAUUAUCUACAUGUAAUAAUAACGCCAAAUGUAUAAUAGGUAAUAUAAUUUUCAACACGCCCACUGCACAUACUCAAGGUAUAUUUAAACGUAAAACUGAUGAUCCGUGCAUGUCGGAUCGGUUUUCGUGGCUUUCGGAAGUUAGAAUUAAACCAAAUUCGAAGAUUCAUUAUAGGCAGCUAGCUACUAUACCAACUAUCUUCUGUACGCAAUACACAUUUAUACCCGACAAUUUGUGUUGGGAUACCGUGCAUCUUGAUAAUUGUUACGUUUACCAAUAUAAUAAUAAUAAUAAUAAAUAAAAUAAGUGAUAAAUGAUACAUAGACCCCGUACCCUAAGUAUACAUAUUAUACCUAUAGUCGUGCUGUCCAUACGUGUCGUCGUGCCGUACAGUAAAAACGAAGUGAAAGAGAAAAAAAAAAAAAAAAAAAAAACACACAAAAACAAUUAAAACCACAAAAAAAAGAAACAAACAAAAAAAUAAAAAAAUAAAAAAAAAAAAAAAAUAAACAAAAAACAGUAUAUCUAGUAUAUUACGGAUACAUGUGGAUAAUUAACGUGUAAUAGGUUUAGCCCGCAACAAAGAGAUACGGUGAGGCGGUGAAAGGGAGGAAGAGAGAGAGAGACAGAGAGAGAGGUAGAAAAGAGAGAGACGGCGUGAAUCAAGUGAAUAAUGAAUCACGGACAUUAUAAUUUAAUUCAAUGAGAUGAUAUUCGUGCGAAAAGACACAGCGAGACAUAGCUUGCGGUUGCGAAACUAUAAUUUCCGCGAAUCGCAUAUACAUAUACGCACACGCAAUAUAAAUAUAUAUAUAUAUAUAUAUAUAUGAUAAUUAUAACUGUGUUACUUUAUUCUGCAGAGGUUAGCGAUUUUAUUUUCAGUGCGAUUAUUAUUAUUAUUAUUAUUAUUGUUAUUGUUAUUAUUGUAAUCUUGUUUUCUCUCUUUUCACAGUACAUGGUACGAUUAUUAUUCUCUUGUGAACUUUCUAGUCACUCGACGACAAAAGCCUCUUCUUCGUAAUAAUAUAAUACAUUUUCGCGGCGAAUGUAUUGCGAGGAAGAGACUCAUUCAAAGCGAUGUAGUGUAUAUUGUGUAACAAGGGCGGAAAAUUAAAAAUUUUUACCACCGGUGUGAAAUUUUCGGUACGAGUCGUAGGCUCGCAAAUACAGGCGGGCAAAAAUGACGCGACGCCCUUCGUACGACACCAUAUUUUUUUUUUGCAACACGUGUAUGGAUUCAGCGUGUUUUUUUUUCUUGCCAAAAGUCCGGGAUCAAAUCGCAUUGAUCAGUGAAUUGAAACGUGUGUGUAAUAAGGAAAUUAAUAAUUUUCGUGAAAAAUAAUAACUCGAUUGAAUUAAAAAAGUUCUUCGAAGCUUUUCAAGGGUCCUACUAAUGUAAAAAAAAAAUCCUUGGGGAAAUCAAGAAAUAUAAUUGUCAACCGUUUACCGAGUUGGCGUGGAAUGCCCCAUAUAUAUAUAUAUACAUAAUUAAUAUAUAUAUAUAUAUUUUUUUUUCUUUCGCCCGCUGUUGAUUGUUAUUGAUUAUUAUGACCGCCGGUCGGUAAAAAAGGGCUACAUUCGUCCCGGAUCUUAAGUAAAAAGAGAGAAACAAAAAAAAAAAACCGCGGAAAUCGUGCACGUGUUGCAAAAUAAUUAUCGUUCGCGACUCUUCUAAGCUAUAAAGUGAAAUAUGAAAAUUGGGCAGCUAUCUCUGAUUUUUGAUUAGAAAAAAAAAAAAAAAGAAAGUAUAUUCUUGCUAUACGAAUAAGAAAAAGAAAAUUAAGGGAGAUGAAGAAGAAGGAAAAGACACAUGUGAUAUAAUUAGGAUUCUGAAAUUUCAAAUUUGCAGAAUUAUAUGCGUGAUUGUAUAUAUAUAUAUAUAUGUAUUGUUUUUCUGUUUUUUUAAUAGUCUUCGUAUUACAAGAGUGUACUUUUUGCCGAUAAAAUCAAGAAACACGAAGUGAAAUGAAAAAGGUAAUUUAGCUAAUCAGUUGCGCCGAAACGUCUGUAAGUGAUUGUUUUUGUGACUGUUGAGACGAAUAGUUUUGAAGAGGAAUUGUCGUGAAAAUUCUUCACUGUGUUGAACAUAUAUUAUUAUAAAUAAGUAUAAGACCGGCGACUGUGUACAAAAAAAAAAAAACAAAAAAAAAAUAAGAAACGUCUACUUUAAUUUUCAUCGUUCCUUAUUAUCGUUUUCAUAUUGUAACAAAAAAAAGGAAGGUAAGAAAAAAAACGAAAGAAAGAACAGAGAAAAUAUCGGCGACACUUUUACCUUACUGUUUAUUAAAUAUAAAUAAUAUGAUUAUUAUCACUAUUGCAAACACACGCAUAUAUAUAUAUAUAUAUAAAGAUAUGUAUCUAAACGCAAUUAACAUUUAUGGUAAACUUGUAAAAUAAUAAUAACGCCUUCCUGCCGUAUAUUUGGGGUAUGCCAAGAGAGAAUUUAUACGUGAAAUUAUUUGAAAUUAAUUUAUAACCGAGAGAUGGGAAAGUAUUUGAAUAACGAUAAAAAUAAUAAAAUAUUAAUAAUAAUAAUAAUAAUCAUCAUCAUCAUCGUCGUCGUCGUCGUCGUCGUCGUAAACGGUGAAGAGAGAAGGUUCUUACAUUAUACGGGGAUAAUGUAAAGAAAUUAUGCAUCAGUUGUAUUAUAAAUGCAUUGAUAUAGGUACACGAUAUUAUGUGGAAUUAAAUAUUACCGACAAACCUGUAAAAAUCAAGCCGCGUGGCUAUUUUAUGCAUCGAUAUAUAAAUAUUAUAUAUCUGUAAACAUGUGUGAAAUAUUUCUAUACUUGAAUAUUUUGAUUUUCCCGCGGUUUGUGAUACUCGAAAGCACAUGCAAAAAGAUCUGCGAACCCGGGCUGGUUUUCGAUAUUUCUUUCUUGUCUUUUCAAAAGUUAACGUCUGACUUUUGUAACGAAAGUCUUUGCCAAGUGUUGACACUUUUUUCUCGUUAUCAACGCGAACCAUUAACAAUUUUCAGUCAGCAAAAUUAUUAAAUUAUAAGUCUGUAAAACUCGACUUAACGUGAUUGAUUUGCCGCGAUAUUUCAAACGAAAUUCCAAAAUAAUGUUGACAAUUUUUAUUUAUUUAUUUAUAUAUUUUUUUUUUUUUUAUUUAUUAAAGUGGCCUUCGUGAAAAAAAUAAUUAGAAGAUACUGUUUUUGCUUGACUCGAAUUAAUAAGAGAGAAGAAAAACUGUUUGGGUGCAAUGAUCGUGGAAGAGUUUAGGCAAAAUUAACUAAAGAAACUAAAUUAUAAAGAAAAUGAGAGAAAAGUUUUGUUAUUUAGGAAUUAACGAAAAUUGUGGUUUCAUCGUGUGAAAAUUUUUUGUCACAAGUCGAAAGUAUAUAUGUAUAUAUAUACACACACACACGCACGUACACGCAUAUAUGAAUAGGUAUAUUAUACGUUGGAUUUGAUUACAUAAUGUGAGUUAAUAAAAUUUCGGUGGCGAGACGACGCGUCUAAUUGAAAACAAAUUUAAUGUGAGAUAAAUAGGAAGGAAGAGGAAAAAUAAAUUUUUAGAAAAUUAUUCUUGAUACAAAACGUUUUUGUGCAAAAAUUAAAUUGAGCCGGGGAGGGGAAAAUGAUGAAUAAACUCGGAGGUGGAACAAAAAUUAAGAAUUAAAUUAGCGGUAUUUGGAAGAAGAGAAAUUUAAUCAAGAAGGCGAGAAAAUAAACAGUGAGAUUCUAGGACUGUCUUUUGGGAGUUGAGUAAAAAAUGAAUUAUCCAACCACAAAAAAAAAAAAAAAAAAAAAGUAUAUAUACACAUAUAUUAUAUGAUUACCUGUAUUUAAAUUAAAAAUAUCGAUCUCUAGAAACAAAAUUUUUACAUUUAGGCUUAAAUGUGUUCAAAAGUUGGAGAAAAAUGAAAUAAAAAAAAAAAAGAAAAAAAACAUAGAAUACUUACCAAAUCGUGAAAAAAGCGUUGUAAAUUUAUUGCGAGGAUUUAAAU